AUGGCGGUGAAGCUUGCAGUAGUGCUGACAGUCAUUCUGAUGACGAGCAAGACCUCGCCAAGCGCCAUCGAUAGGACCACAGAGACAUCGAACUCGCCAAGCGCCAUCGACAGGACCACAGAGACAUCGAACUCUCAGUACCCAGGCAAUCAUCAGCUACUGAGUCUUAUGAAGAACCUCGUUGGGAGUUUGAACAGCGACCAAUCGAUGGCCAUUGUUAAACAACUUUUCGGCAGUUCAUACAACGGAAAACUCAGGGAUUUCAUCAAGAAAUUUACUGGAAACUCGGAAGGAAUAGACAACCAAGAGGGGAGUGGUUUUCUCAUCUUGUCGACGCUUUAUCAAAAGCUAAUUGAAGCAGAGGAGUUGAAGACCAUCAUAGCUGACGGUUUGGGCGUCAAUACUAAUUUCCUGAAACCUCUUACAAGGAUUGUCAGCGAAAUGAUAAAACUGAAUGCUGAACAUGCAUACAAAUCGAUUAAAUUAGGUUUGAGUGAUGAUGAGACAAGUGAGGAUGGCCAGAUCAACAAGGAAAAUACUAUAGAAGGAAGCUCCGGCGAUAUCCAGCCCCCAAAGGGCUCUCAAGCUGCCCAGCCUGCCAUUAACGCUCAAUUCUUGGAGUUGGCUAAGAAUAUAUUCGAAGAGGAAUUCGGAAGGAUGGAUUCCAUCUUAGUGCAUUCCACCUCGCAGGACCCAAAUGGAUUAUUGGCGGACUUUAAUGCCACCACCUCCAGCGUGUGGAUGAUGAUCAAAUCCACGUGGCAGAGAGUCCUGGCAUACGUUAAGGAGGAGAAUUCCCUGACACAGUUCAUGCAGCUGACGCCCAUCAAGAUUAUAGACAGAGUCUUGAGUCUUGGAGACGACGUCAAUCUCUUAAACUUCCUGACCAAGAAACUUCAUCCGGAUUUUGCCAUGUUCCUCAUGACUAAGAUCGACCCGUACUUGGGCCCACUGAGAGACUUCGACAGUUUCUACAACUUCACCAAAGAUUAUGGACUUAAUGGCGUCCUUGACUACUUUAGAUCAGACCGAUUCAUCUUCACAAUGAACACAAUGUCUCGCCUCGUUCAAGCGUAUCUCGAGGAUAAAAUUUCAAGCGACUUGGUAAACCAGUACAUAGACUUAAUUUCCUUUAAUAACACAGAAUUACAAGAAUUUUAUAAAUCCGUUAUGCGUAUUCAAACUAAUAUUUUACCAGAAGAUGAUACCAAUAGUACGCAACGCUUCAAGAGGAAUGUGUUAGAUCAUAUUGUCAGCAGUUUCAAAUUCGGCGACUUUUUGCCCAUUGCCUCCCAGUCCGAUGAGUUCGAGUCUAAGGCUCUAGACGCUGAAGAGUACAAAACUGACGAAGUAACAGAUUACGAUCCUGAUGCAGACAAGGCGGACAGCGAAAUGAUGUCACGACAAGGCUACGGUAUGACCUCCUACAAGAGCUCUGGCGGCUACGGCGGCGGCGGUGGCGGCUACGGGGGCGGUGGCGGCGGCUACGGCGGUGGUGGCGGCUACGGCGGUGGCGGCGCGACCUACAUGAGUACCCUGGACCCCUAUGUGGUAUUGGGCGCUCUGGCACUCGGCACUCUUCUCGGUUUCCUGCUCUUCCGCCUUCUCCGUGGCACUCGCAGAGGCCGACGGGACAUCGGCGACGGGUCGUUGUCCCUGUGGCUGUCGGACAUGCCCGACAAGGUCCUGCCGUGGGACUCCAGCGUCCAGCGCAUGAAACGAGACGCCCAAAGCUUCAACGUGACUGGAGAAGAGGAGUUCAACUUGCCGGACUCCUUGAGAGGCAACGUGUGGUCCUCUGACCCCGUGGUGGGCGACGACCUGCUGGAGGAGGACCUCGAGGAAGACGACGUCGCCGACCACCUCAACCACCUGUGGAGGGUGUUCCAGGACUCUCCUGCCUGCAUCCACUCGCAUCUGUGCAGCGUGGUGGCCAACACCACACCCGGACACCUGACUGGCAAGGACUCCAGCAUGGCUCUUCUCAUGGCAUCAGUAGGAAACCUGAUGGGCGUGGUGAGGUCAGGUCAACUGGUGGAUCACGUGACCAACUCCCUGGUAAUGGGCAACCCUUAUACCUGCCCCAAUCCCAUCGGUUGCCACCAACACUUGCUCUAA